ACCGCUAGCAGAAACAAUGGGACAUAGUCAAUCCUACGAUCUUCGGAACCCGGAAGGAGGCGAGAAGACGCCAGUUAGAGGAGUACGAAGAGUGAGCAGAGAACAUCAGACUGAUGCACAAUUUUCCACAGAAACCGCUGAGCCGUUUGAUUUUCGAGAGGAUGAGCUUCGUGACCGGAUCCGAAGAGAGCAGUUGAGGAAGAGAGAGGUCGAGUUGGAAACGUUGAGAAUCAGACAACACGAGAGUCGAGAGCCAAUCAUCGAUGCGUACCGCCAAAACCAACCUGCACCACAAGGAAACUUGUACAAUGAGUUCAAUCAUUACGAUUCGAUGAAACAUGCUUCUCCAUCUGAUCCAGCCACUUAUUUCGCACUGAAACCAAUGACCGAAGUUAAUGAAGGCCGACAAUUCUCAAUUCCAACUUCUUCCACUCGCCGCUACGACCAAGUUCCAAUCGAUCCAUCCCCUGAACUUCAACGCCGUGAAGUUCCCAGCAAGCAGUCUCCACCAAACUAUCCGAAGCGAUCUUCAGUGUUUGGUGGCAGAGUAUCCCCGUUGCCACGUCAAUCGGAAGUCGAUCCACAUCCAAUGCCACGCUACAUUCCACCGAUGAGUCCAAGGUAUGAACGAACCCCCAAAGCCCAAUACUGUAAAACUACCACUGUCACUACCUAUACCACUUAUGGAGAUACCCCUGAACCACCUAGAAGUACAACUUACUCGAAAGCUUCAAAGCUGAAAGAAACAUCGGUAAAACCAUACGCCACCUACUCAAGAGGUACUAAACUCCCAAAGUAUGACGAAGUUCCCAGGAAUACAAUGUACUCCCGAGCUUCUGAAGCUUCAAAAACCUCUUCUCGAACUUCCUUAGCUUCAACAUGUUCUCGAGCCUCGAAACUUCCAAAAUAUGAUCAGAUUCCUCGUAGCCCUAGUGUCCAUAGUCUGUAUUGUCGUAUCCCAACCUAUGAUGAAGUCCCAGUCCAAAAAAGUCCACGUUCCAUAACUCCAACGCCAAUGAGCCACCGUGUCCGUAUUCAAACAUCUCCUCCAAUCCCACCAUCAUCUAAUAGUACCUAUGUGAUUCCUGUUAAAGUGGAUCGUAGAUCCGACAGUCCUCGAACAGUCAUAAUCCCAUUCUCAUCAAACUCAACUACAGCUCUCGACAAGGUUCCCCAAGAAACACCAAUCUAUCGUAGAAUAUCUAAACCCAGCCAGACUAAGCCAACCAACUCUCGCGUUUCUAGCAUCCCUUUAAGUCAGUCGUAUCAUUCGAUGGACAAAAUUACGAUGACCUCAGUCUAUCGUACUACUGCUACAAAUAAUCUGAAACAAGAGCCCAUAGUCAUUCCUAGACCUACCUAUCGUUAUUCAAAAACUCCGCUUCAAAAAGAAAUUCCGCCAGUCCCUCUUGAACGAUCUGUGAUCCGACAGCCUGAGUACAGUGAUCCCGGAGACUCUAGAAUCAUAGUCAUACCAUUCUCAAAUCAGAACAAAAAAUAUUCACCCCCUCCAUCAAGAAGCAGUACUCCAAUUUAUCAUACCAAUCUUCAAAGAGAUGUUCCAACGUCUCCCCUACCUAGAAGACCCCUCUACAGUCGACCACCGUCAACUAUUAGUACUGCUUCAUCGGUUGAAUAUAUCCCUCGUGCUCCGGUACCUAGAAGACCACUAUACGAUAGACCUCCAUCUACGAUUAGUCCACCUCGUUCUCCCCCAUCAGAGCUUUAUUUAACUCCUCUUGAGCAGGAAGUUCAGCGGGCUCCAUUGUCCAGGCGACCACUUUACAGUAGACCACCAUCAACCGCCAGUGCUCCUCGUUCUCCACAACCAAAAAUCUAUUUAACUAGACUUCAGAAGGAGGUACCACAUGUUCCGCUGUACUCAUGCGUGGCAAGACCAAGACCAGUUUACAGUACACCUCCAGAAGAGCCUAUUGUGAUUCCUCGUGCAGUUAAUCCACCUGUGUCUUCAACAAUAUAUUUGACUCGACUUGAACCAGAAGUUCCUGGAACUCCACUACAGCACUACAUUUAUAGAUCUCGCUCUUCAUCCACCUAUAGCGUUCCGCCAGUCGAGGAGGCUUCGACCCGAACAGUAGCUUCCCCAUCUAGAUACACUCCCCCUCCUUCUUCAUCUCCAAAAAUGCACCUAACUCAUCUGGAGCGUGAAGUUCCUGGAACACCACUCAACCACUACAUCUCCAGACCUAGAUCUACCCCGAUCUAUAGUACUCCACCAGAGGAUAGGAAUGUAGUCUCCCCAUCUAGAUAUACCCCUCCACCAUCGGUAACAAUGGCUGCAAAACUUCAUCUAACCCCACUCCAACCUGAAGUUCCUAGUACUCCAUUGCAGCAUUAUAUUUCUAGAUCCCGCGCUUCAUCCGUCUAUAAUACCCCAUCAGUAGAUAGUACUUCAACGCGUAGCCUGGUGUCUCCAUCUUCUGUUCGUAUGCCUCCCAAGCUCCAUUUGACUCGUCUUCAACAGGACGUUCCGUGGACCCCGUUUAAGGUGUCUAGGCCUAGGUCAACUCCAAUAUACAGUACCCCUCCUCUCGAAAAACCUAUUUCCCGUACUCUUGUUACCCCGUCUAGACGCACUCCCCCUCAAAAGCUCCACCAGAUUAGUCUUGAUCAAGACAUCCCGGGAACUCCCCUUCAGCAUUAUAUCUAUAGAUCUAGAUCAACAUCAACCUACAGUAUACCAUUGUCUGACUAUCCUCAACCAUCGCCAACUCCGUCUAGUGUGAUUAUGAAUGACGAUUCUCCAUAUGAAGAGAAGCCGAAAAGUUAUUUGGGUACCUACCCAAAAACUUACACCAGAAUCAUGCCAGAAAGACCACCAAAAAUAAUUUCCCCACCAGAACAUCCGGUAACAGUCAGCAAAUCUAAAUCCACUCAAACUCUUGACCAAAUGGUAGUUCUCCCACAACCAAAAACUCAUCUCUACCCAGAAAUCAGUUACCGUCGUCGUAGACCAUUGAGUAUACAUGUCCCCGCAGAGUCCAAAUCCUCCACCAUAAUUUCUAUCUACAGUAACCCCAUCGAUGAUGUUCCACCAACACAUGUCUCCGAACUACACGCCGAGAAGCGAAUGAUCGUUGGAAUCGAUGACGAGUUGCAGCCAGAGAAGAACAACGUGACAUACGUAACUGUAGCUACUGCUGCAAUCGAUAAUGAACUACUUCAUCGUCAUCCAGAAGUUGGAAGACAUCCAGUCUACGUGCUUCCAGCUCAAACAAGCUACGGAGCUUCUGCCAAAAGAAGAUCGUCUGAUGACGAGGCAAAGAAUGUGUUGCCGCCACAGAACUGCACAGUGGAGCACUGUACACACGUGGCGGUUAAUGAUGGAAGUCCUGUAGUGAUAAGAAAAAGAGCCAGUCAAGAUUCCAUCAGAGAUAAGGAAAACCGCCUAACAAUUCCCAUCAACGAGGACGACACGGAAAACGUCGGAGAGGGUACAAAUUAUCAAAAUGUCUCGAAAAAGUGCUUUGAAGAGAGACUCCACUACGAUUCGUACAUGCCAACGCUUUCAUUGAGACAACGUCCUGUUGUCAGCUUUUAUGACAAGCUUCAUUAACUGCAUUGAAUAUUUUUCUGAAAUUUUGAAAAAUCCAAAAAAAAAGAAUGGGGAUAAGCAUUAAUGUAAUUUAUUCAUUAAUUGUCAAUAAUUAAUUUUAAAAUGCAAAUAAAUUUUUUAACCUU